AACAAUUAAAGUGACUUUCCACUCAAGCGUUUAUUUCGCAACUAGAUCUAUAAGUGUGUAUUAAUUUUAAUAUUCACGGUUCAGUUCAAUUUUUUUAGAAUCUUUAGGCGUGAUAAAUUCUAGUGCGUUUUAUUGGUUUUUUUGCAUUUAGUUUUCGUUUCAUAAAAAACAAGUUCUACUGCGUCAUAAUUUCAUUCAAAUAAAAUCUAACCGAUUAAGAGUGUUCUUUAUUUUUGCAAUCGCAAUAUGGGACUUACUAGGUUCUAGCUUAUUCAGAGUCAUUCAUUCAUUCGUGAUUAAUUACGACGUUGAUGGAGCUGUUCAAGGUUGGACUCGAUUUAGAGAUUUUAUAAGGAAUACUUAAUUAACGUUUCAAAAUGAGUGAAAGCGCGGAAAAACGUGCACAAUAUAUCGAACUUAAGAGUCUCGCCUUGGAAGAUUCCACCAGCGAUUUGCAGGAUUUCUUAGUACAAAACCCUACUGAUGCGCUUAACGCGGAAUGCCGUCUGAAACAGGUUCAGAAGCUAUUCAAUGCUUAUCUCACGAAUCACCAAGAAUUACGCAUAUGAAUCCUGAUAGCUCGCGUGUAGCCGCAUUUGCAAAUAUAAUAUCCAAGUUUUAUUCACUUUCCGCACAGGUGCAACAGUUAAAAUCACCAUCUCCUCUUGCGAACUCUACUUCGUUAAACUCUUCCAGUGUCACUUACAUUGAGAGGCAAGAUUUGCCGAAACUUCCCAUUGUAGAUGUGCGUAAAUUCGAUGGUAGCCACGACAAGUGGAAUGCAUGGAAAAAUAACUUCCAAUCGGUAGUUCACAAUCGCACGGAAAUCUCGAAUUACGUGAAGCAUUCUCAGCUUAGUAAUGCCGUACAGGGGCUCGCUGCACAGAUAAUAGAGGAAUUUGAAAUCAGUGAUGUAAAUUACUCCCUCGCUUGGGACACUUUGUGCAAGGCGUACGAUCAGAAGCGUAUUAUCGUUAACGAACACAUGACUAUGAUUUUCGCCCUACCUAAGGUCACAGAAGUUAAAUACAAGCCUUUAGCUAGUCUGGUGUAUACGAUGCGUCAACAUCUCAAGGUAUUAGAAACGUUAGAUGUCCAGAUUCCCGACGCGGCAUCAGUUUACUUAUUAGAACGUAGUUUGCCGAAUAGUGUAAAAUCAAGAUGGGUGGAUCGUCUAUCUGGCGAUAAACUGCCUGCCUUAGAAGAAUUUUUCACUUUCUUACAAAAUACGAUUAACAAAUUGCGCCAGAUAGAGGAUCCUUCUCAAAGCGAACAAGGGAGAUAAUCCAGCUGAUGCGCCGUCUCGAGGGCAGUUACCUCAUGAUCUUCUAAAGAAUCUUCUUUGGACAUCAGGUCCUCAAUGGUUAACUUUGUCCGACGACAAAUGACCUUGUACACCUAUGUCAUCUCCAGGUUUUAAGGAAGGAGUUGUUUUAGUUACCGCUCUCACAGGGAGUUACAUAUAUUCUGGAUUUUCCGAUUACGGUUGUUUGGUUCGUUCAAUCGGUUAUAUUCUUCGAUGGAGAAAGGGAAAUUUGCUAACUGGGGAUGUCUCUACAUCUAGCAGAUCAUCGAAAGGUAUUCGGUAUCUUUCUCCGGAGGAAAUAGCUCAAGCAGAACGUAAUCUUCUUCUUUUAAUUCAGCAAGAAAAAUUUGCUCCAGAAAUCAAACUGCUUCAAUCGAAGAAUCCACGGCCUUAUGGAAAAUCUUCAGGAGCGUUUAAAAAUCGAACUAAAUUUGAUGAAAUCAAUCCCUUUUUUUAUAGUGACGGUUUAAUCAGAGUAGGUGGACGCUUAAAAAAUUAUAAUCUUCCUUUCAAUCAAAAACAUCCGAUAUUACUUCCAUCAGCCCAUCAUGUUUCGGAUCUCAUCAUUCGUGAUGUUCAUCAUCGAAAUCUUCAUAGUGGGAUUCAAUCUACUCUCUAUGCUGUUCGCGAGCGAUUCUGGAUCUUGAACGAUAAAAAUCAGUUCCGGAUAAUCGUCUAUCUCUUGAUCAACGCAUUUCCAAGGCCAGACAGGAUUUCUGGAAAAGAUGGCAUAAGGAAUAUCUUCACGAGCUCCAAGUUCGUCAAAAAUGGUUGAAUUCUACUGCUACCCUGACAGUAGGGACAGUAGUCAUAUCUCGGAAAGACAAUCCAGUUGAUCACCGCUGGACGUGGUCGUCGAGAUUCAACCUGGGAGCGAUGGCAUUGCUAGGGUAGCAACAAUCAAGACAGCAUCAGGACUCUUCAAUCGAAACAUCACUCGAUUAUGUGUAUUGCCUGUAGAACAGGGAACGGCGGUCCCGUCAGAGUCUCAAUAAUACUCCCCAGCGUAAUCUGCCCCAGACGUGUGCUCGGUGGUUUGCCUAAAAAGAGUUGAACCAUCUGGUAUUCUGGAAGUGCAAUCAUUAAGCCUGGCCCGCGAGAGGGUAGAAUCCGGAAGUUCUACAGCCAGAAGCUCGAGAGUCGUGCCGGGAAGGCAGCUCUUGUGACGCGAUAUCUGGUCCGGUAAACCAGAUCCCUGAAUAAGAGACUCUGACCAUUUAGUUAGUAAAGCGUUAACGGGUCUGAUGGCCUUCGUUCUGUUGAAUUGUUGUUAAUAGGUUAACUUAUUGUAUUAUCGUUCUGAUAUUAGAUUAAUCAAUCGAAAUGUGAUAUUAAGUCUAAUCAAUCAGGUAGUCCCUCCAAAGGAAACUAACCUUCAUAUGCUCUAUUGUACAGAUCCAAAGAUUGUCAAUAUUCAUGACUAGAUUUAGUUCCUGUUCAUUAUUAGAUAAGUCUAACACUGCUCAACCAUUGUGAUUCAAAAUAGUCUCGCAGCCGUGGCCGGCAGUAUGUUGCGUCGCAACAUUUUGUCUAAUGAUAAUCCAGCAUUGAACGUGUACAAAUUACGUUUUGCGCCUGCGCGCGCACCGAAUGAGUGUGUGUGUGUGUGCCUACUGAGUCUAGCGCGGUGGUAACACCGCGCGUUGCUGCCUCCGCCAUCUUGAGCGGGACUCUCUCGCUCUUUCGCGCGGCUUGUCCGUCAGUCACCGACUAUCAUUCGAAGCGUGCGGAGCUCGUGUUUGUCGUGUGCGUUGCGCCAUUGUUCUUCGCGACGUCACGCCGGGCAUUGUUCGUUUUCAUAUUUUGUAUUAAAUAUUAAUUCUUUUCUGUUCAUCUUAAUUUAAGUGUAUUCAGUGUAAUCAUAAAAUAAAAAGGGUUUUUAUGCCGAAAGGCUUUUCCCUGUAA